CCAAAAUCACAGAAUCAACAGGAAUCACGGGAUCAACAGGAAUCACGGAAUCAACGGGAACCAUGGAAUCAACUAAAACCACGGAAUCAACCAAAAUUACAGAAUCAACAGGAAUCAAUGACGGGAUCAACAGGAAUCACAGAAUCAAUAGGAAUUACGAAAUCAACACGAACCAUGGAAUCAACUAAAACCAGGGAAUUAACAGAAAUUACAGAAACCAUAGAAUCAACAGAAGCUAUAGAAUCAACUAAAACUAGGGAAUCAACAGAAAUUAUGAAAUCAACAGAAAUCACAGAGUCAACAGGAAUCACAGAAUCAACAGGGACCAAGGAAUUAACAGGAACCAAAGAAUUAACAGGAACCAUGAAAUCAACAGAACCGAUAAUUAUAAUAACCAGAUUGCCUAUAGGUAGUAUAACGGAGUCAACAGGAACCACAAAAUCAACUGAAGGCAUUUCGACUAUUACUACUUCAGUAUUUCCUGAAAAUAUUACUGCAAUAACAGAACGGUCAGAUACCACAGCAACGAUUACUGUACUUUCAUCAAGCAGUACAUCACCAAUGACAGAAAGCACAGAAUUUACAGAAUCAACAUCUACAAUUUCUUUCAAAACAGUGGAAGCAGAAUCUUCUACUGCAGAACUCAAAACCAAAGGAACUCUUACUAUGACAGGUUUAGAGAUAACCAAAGGAAAGUCUUCAACUCUGGAAACAACGAGUUCAAUUUUGUUGUACAGUACAACUACUCCAUUAACAUAUGUCGAAACGAUCACAUUAUUUGAUGAGAUUCCUGAGAUUACUGUAUUCACAGAAGAAAAUAUGUUCACUACGAUCUCUCCAGAAACCACAGAGGGAAAAACUUCAACAAUAGAAACUACAACUAUAAGUACAGUUUCGUUAGAAAGUACAACAGCUCAACCCAAUUCUAUAGAAUCGACCACAUUACCUCCUACUAUUCCUGAGACAAUAACGACAGAGUCCACCUCAGAAGAAAUAUUAAUGCCAUCUUCAGGCACAACAGAAGAGAAAUCUUCAACCAUAGAAAUUAUGACGGAAAGUCAUAUAUUGGAGAGUACAACCAAUGGAUUUAUUUCAGUUGAAAUGACAACGUUACCUGUUAUGACCUCUCAGGCAGCAAUAACAGAGUCUACAACAGUAGAAGUAACAGAAGCAGCUACAGCUCGCCCGGAAAUCAAUAUGAGGGAAUCCAGUUCGGUGGAAAGUGAAACAGCAUCUGAAAUUUUGUCGGAAAUUACUGAAUUUGCUACAGAACCGUUAGAAAUAGCCAGAUUAACGAUGAGUACUCCAGAGAGUACUGGUACAAAAUCCAUGUCAUUCGAGACAACACUAACAACAAUGACGGCACAACAGGGCAUCACUCCAAAAUCAACAUCGGCAGAAUCUACUGGACAAGUUACUACUGCAGAAAUUACGACUCAAGAACUCCCGGAAAGAACAUCUAAACCGCAAGAAAUGACAACUUCUACAGUUUCUGGAAUUUCUACGUCUAUCAGUGAGCAAUCAGAAACAGCAACAACAACAAUCUUUUCCACUCUUGCACAAGUGUCGCCUGAGCAAGUUGCAAGUACAGCCAUUGUAGGAAUUGAAACCACGUCUGUACUGGAAAUUUCUGCUGCUACAAUUAAUCUCAGUAUAGCGAGUACAACAACAUUAGCCAAAUUAGAAGAAAUUACAACCACUGGAAUAACACUUACGAAUGAGCCAACAGAAACCACGAUGGCGCUAAAAAAAAGUAUAGCUACUAGCGAAGCAUCUACACUGUCCACUCUUACAGGUAUCGAAACUACAACGACAGAAGCUAAAACUACGUUCACUGCUCAAGAACCUAGUAUCAGUACUGAAAAGACAUUAGAAACGAAGGAAAGUACUAUAUUCACAGCGAGCACGUUCGAAACAACUGAAGCUGAAAUAACAUCGAUUUCUGUCCCUACACUUUCGUACACUAGUGUCAGUACAGAAGGUUCGACAAGAAAAGUUAUUGUAGAAAUAGCUGAAGAAACAACUGCAAAUGAAAAGAUUUCAUCAGAACCUGAAAUCUUAUGUACGAGUCAAAACACAGCUACCGAAAAAUCUACUGUGAUGGUAGAAGUAGAAAGCACUGCUGCCUCUGGAACGCAACACACCGGCGCUGCUACUUCAAUUGCUGAGAUUACUGAAAAAUCAAUUGUAUCUUCCACAAUGGUAGAAUCUAGUAGUAUAAUGGAGGAACUUUUUCCUACAUUAAAUACCACGGGUGCUAUUAUAACUUUAUCAACUGCAAAAGCUGAGAUCGGAACAGAGGCACUUGCUUCUACAUUAGGUAGGACCAAUACUACUGCCAAUUCACAAAGUACAGAAACUACAAUCACAGUAAAAGACCUUAUACCUACAACAAGCACGACGAGUACUAUUGUAACAACUUCAAUAACUGAAGAAAUUACGACGACAAUGGAAGAACUUGUUCCCAUAGUAAGUUUGACAAGUACUGGUGAAAGUUCAGCAACUACCGAAGUUACAACCAUAAUAGAAGGAAUUGUUCCUACGUUAAGUUUGACAGGUAGUACUACAGCUUCAACGAGUGUUGAUACUACUGUCAUAACAGAAGAACUUGUUCCUAUAUUAAGUACGGCAAAUACAACUACAAUAACGUCAAAAACAACAGAAACUACGACCAUAAAUGAAGAACUUAUUCCUACAUUAGAUACUGCUGGUAGUACUUCAAGUUCAAGAAAUGUUGAACAAACAACUGCAAUGGAAGAAUUGGUUCCUACAUUAAGCAUAGCGAGUACUAAUAAGGUGACAAAAGAAGAAACAUUAAAUACUGUGUCCAAUGUUAUUGGAACUACAGCAAUUAGUACAACAGCAAAAACAGAAGGUUCCAGUGUCUUCGAUACUAAAACACUUUCAAACUUUACAACUUCAUUUAUGGAAGAAACUUCUGUGAUAACUGUGGAAGAAGUUGAACAACCUUUAAGUACUUCUAGCAAGGAAGGCAUAAUUGAAGAGGAAAGUACCGUGAAGGAAACGUCAACUGGAUCCAGCAUUUUUAAAAUAAGUAGCCCUCUUUCUGACGUUACUUCCAUGAUUUUUGAAACAGAAUUACAAUCGGAGAGUACUACAGUAAAGGUUUUGCAUACCUCAUUUACAACAUUAGUUCCUUCAACACCGACAGCAACUGUCAGUAGUGCUACUGAGGAGUAUGGAGAACCUGUUGUUGAAGAGUACGAAGAACCUGCUACUGAAGAAUAUGAAGAAUCUGUUACUGAAGUUGAUGAGGAGUACACAGAACCCGAAACAGAAAAUGAAUAUGAAGAAGAGUAUAACGAAAACGACAAAGAGUCUGGGAUAUCUACUGCUGAUUAUUUCGAGUAUGAUAAAGGGCUAACUAACACAUGGAAACCUGCAACAAUUCCAAUACCCAUGUUUACCAGUCCAACGAUUUCCGAAUCUGAAGUGAAAUCUAAUCCGUCAAUAUCUUCAAAAACUACUUCAAUAAAAGCUACAACUGAAUCUUUAGCUACUGGAACUAGCGAAGAAGUAAGAACCGCCAUGGUCAAGACGAAAAUACCCAUUUUAGAAAGUGAAACAACAACUACACCGACAACAGCAACAUUGGAACCUACGGAGGAGACGUCAACGUCUUUUGUAAAAUCUGAAAAGACUGCUAUGACAGCAUCCUCACAAGAAGAGGAGCUAGAAGUAACAGAAACACUUUCGAAGCUUGGUACAAGAACAACGGAAGAAAAAACUCUUGGCUCGACUAUUGAGAAAUUCAUUAUAACGACAGAAUCACUGCCAAUUGAACUGGAACCUGAUGACAUAACAACCAAAAAGUACAAAUUUAAAUCCACAAUGGCACCAACAACGGAAUUAUUCCCGGAAAUAACACUUCCAAAAUUUUUAACAAGACCAGACGAACACGGUGUAAACCCGCAGAAGCCUUUGACUUCUUCGACAACUAUUAACAAUUUCAGCACAACUGAGAAGUCUCAUGAGCUAACUGAGAGUAUAACAACAAUUGAAAGUAUUUCCACAACAGUAUCGGAAGCAGAAGACACUAUUCCUGAAACUACUUCCACAGUAGUGUCGGAAGCAGAAGGCACUAUUUCUGGAACUACUUCCACAGCAGUGUUGGAAGAAAAAAGCACUAUUUCUGAAAGUACUUCCACAGCAGUGUCAGAAGCAGAAGGCACUAUUUCUGGAACUACUUCCACAUCAGUGUCGGAAGAAAAAAGCACUAUUUCUGAAAGUACUUCCACAGCAGUGUCGGAAGCUGAAGCCACUAUUUCUGAAAGUACUUCCACAGCAGUGUCAGAAGCAGAAGGCACUAUUUCUGGAACUACUUCCACAUCAGUGUCGGAAGAAAGAAGCACUAUUUCUGAAAGUACUUCCACAGCAGUGUCGGAAGAAAAAAGCACUAUUUCUGGAACUACUUCCACAUCAGUGUCGGAAGAAAGAAGCACUAUUUCUGAAAGUACUUCCACAGCAGUGUCGGAAGCAGAAGGCACUAUUUCUGGAACUACUUCCACAUCAGUGUCGGAAGAAAGAAGCACUAUUUUUAAAAGUACUUCCACAGCAGUAUCGGAAGAGAAAAGCACUAUUUCUGGAACUACUUCCACAGCAGUGUCGGAAGCAGAAGCCACUAUUUCUGGAACUACUUCCACAGCAAUGUCGGAAGAAAGAAGCACUAUUUCUGGAACUACUUCCACAGCAGUGUCGGAAGAAAAAAGCACUAUUUCUGGAACUACUUCCACAUCAGUGUCGGAAGAAAGAAGCACUAUUUCUGAAAGUACUUCCACAGCAGUGUCGGAAGAAAGAAGCACUAUUUCUGGAACUACUUCCACAUCAGUGUCGGAAGAAAGAAGCACUAUUUCUGAAAGUACUUCCACAGCAGUGUCGGAAGAAAGAAGCACUAUUUCUGGAACUACUUCCACAUCAGUGUCGGAAGAAAGAAGCACUAUUUCUGAAAGUACUUCCACAGCAGUGUCGGAAGAAAGAAGCACUAUUUCUGGAACUACUUCCACAUCAGUGUCGGAAGAAAGAAGCACUAUUUCUGAAAGUACUUCCACAGCAGUGUCGGAAGAAAGAAGCACUAUUUCUGGAACUACUUCCACAGCAGUGUCGGAAGCAGAAGCCACUAUUUCUGGAACUACUUCAACAGCAGUGUCGGAAGAAAGAAGCACUAUUUCUGGAACUACUUCCACAGCAGUGUCGGAAGAAAAAAGCACUAUUUCUGGAACUACUUCCACAUCAGUGUCGGAAGAAAGAAGCACUAUUUCUGGAACUACUUCCACAGCAGUGUCGGAAGAAAAAAGCACUAUUUUUGGAACUACUUCCACAGCAAUGUCGGAAGCUGAAGGCACUAUUUCUGAAAAUACUUUCACAGCAAUGUCGGAAGCAAAAAGCACUAUUUCUGAAAGUACUUCAACUGUAGAUAUAGGAGUAAAACAGGAAACAAUUACAAUGGUACAAAUGGAAACGUCACCAACUGCAAGUGUGAUGUAUACUACAGUAUCGGAAGUUCAAACUACAGCGAGAGAGAAUCUUGGUACAACAACAAAGAAAGUCUUGACCGAAGAUGAACUUACUUUGGCAACAACCACGGAAGAUCAAAUGAAAAGACAAGAGCUAGAAGAUGAGGAAAGCAGGCAGAACCAGUUGGAUAAAGAAUUUGAUAAAAUGAAGAAAGAGCUGGACGAUAAAGAGAAGGAACUGGAAAAUAAAGAAAAUCAUUUAGAUGAGAAAUCAGAUGAAAUAGAGAAGGAAAAAGAGGAGUUUGACGAAGAGCAGAAAAGACGAAAGGAAGAAGAAACGGAAUUGCAAGAGAAGGAGGAGAAAAAAGAAGAAGAAGAAUUGGAACAGGAGUCGGAAACAAAGACAACAACAAUCAUAUCAACUGUUACAACCACUACUAUAUCAAUAGACACUACAACUAUGAUUCCAUUAAUUGAAUCUACUCAACACACUCCUCAACCGCCCACAGAAGAAAGUUCAAUUGAAUCGUUGGAUCAUACCAAGAAAACGACCUAUCAUACAACUGACGAUGAUUCAUAUGGACAAUACGUGUAUGAUGAAAAUGAAGAUACUUGGAAGGAACAGAAAACAACCGAGCGAGAAUCAAGCGAACCAGAAAAAGAAGAGGACAAAAAAGAGAACAAAGAGAUUGAAGUGGUCACAAAGAGGGUUUGCUUGAAUGUUCUUAAAAAUGGAACCUUACCUGAUUCCUUGAAUAAGAAAAAAUACGCUACAAAGGUGAUCUGCUUGCCUCACCUUGGAAAGCCAAGAAAAAAUCGUUCACCUCCUGGCAGACUGGUAAGAAAUAUCUUGAAUUUUAAUACUGAGAAAUUCAGCAGUGCCGCGGAAGGUAGCAAAGAGAAAAUUGAAAAAAGGAGCGACGAGAUGAUUACGAAAAUUGAUACAUUGGAACUCAAGAAUCAUGAGUGGAUUGAUAACGAAUCAACACCAAAGUUACGUCAUUACAAAGGUUUUACACGGAUAUAUGAAAGGUGGACGAAAGUGCCAUACGUGCCAGUAACUUAUUCGAAGAAACACGAAUCAAAAAUUAUACCAUUCCCCGUGCAAGAUGAAACUUUUAUGCAUAAGCAAUUUUUUUUGAACGAGGAAGAUCAACGGGUCCAGCCUACUCAGGUGAACAGAUUGCAUGAUUACGAGUGGACGGAAAGUAUGAAAAGUAAAUCUGACACUACUGAAGUCGAUGACAAAAUGAAGAGAAGUUACGGCGAGAAAGUUAAAGAGCGCGAGGGUGACAGUGAGAAUAAAGAUGACAGUUUGGAGUACGAAGAGAAUUGUCAGGUCCGCUUGCAAAAUAAGUUAGGACAUGGAGAAACGAUUAAUCCUGUUGGUUCAAAUAAUAUUCCAACUCCGUGUCCUCCUGUCGAAUGCGAAAAUUUGAAGAAGAACGAGGAAGAUAAAGAUGAGGAAUACGAGGAGAAUGAGGAAGAACCUGAGUCCAAUACGAAAGGAAACAAAUGGGAAAAUCAAGAAGUAAAAGAGAACGAGGAAACAGAUGAAUUGAUGACAACUCGUGAGGACGAUGUAACAUCUGAAGAAAAUAGCAAAGAGACGGACGAGGAAGAAGAAAGAAAGGAGGAACUGGAAGAGAACGAGGAUGAGUCAUCUGGUGAGAGCGAAGAUUACGGAGAAUACGAGGAGAAUGACGAGGAUAAUGGGGAUAAAUUCGUUUACGAUAAUAAAGACGAAAGUUGGAUUGCAUAUGACGAAGAUCAAGAAAGGAAUGAGCCACAAGAAGCCCCGGCGAAAAGUGCCGGUGCAAAAUCAACAAAAUUGGAUGGACUCGAAAGAAAGAUAAACAUCACCCGAGCAACAUCUAAAUUGCAAGCUCAAAAGCAAAAGGAACUGAACCAAAAGGAAAAGGAGCUGGUGCGCAUGAAGGAGACACUCGCGACGAAAGAAAAUAAGUUGCGAGCGGAAGAGGUGAAGCUAAAGAAAAAAUCCAAGCGAGAUAAAAUCACUUCUACCACUAAUAUAAAAACGAUUGCUAAUUCGGAUGAUCUUAUUGGGAAUGACAACGACAAAAGAACUGUUGUUAUUGCUAGUAGAAAUCCAAUCAAGAGAGACUUCAAGUACCUAGACUUUCUUGCCGGUGAGACUAACAAUGCUGCUAGGCGAAAACGCGAGGCGCAAGUACAAGAUGUUGUUGCAAGUGGUACAGUAGGAUACGCUGCAGACUCUGUAGCGGAUGAUGAAGAAUACAACAUUUUCCGAUACAGAACUGAAAAGAAAUCCUACACUGUAAAUGUAAUACGCUUGGACUAUGACGAGAAAGAAGAAAAUCAUAAAAUGAAGUGCGUUCCCCCAAGUCUCGAAGAAUUGGUGAUAAAAGAAGAGUACACAGCGAGUACUACUGAAAAAAUUGCAACAAAAAGAGUACCAAACAAGUUUGAUGUCAACACAAGAAAAUACAAUCUCGCGUACGACACUAAUGAAGAAAAUAAUGAAAUCGAAGAACCGGAUGAGAGCAAUGAAGAGCUUGAUGAAGGUCAAGAUCUUAAGAAUGGACAAGAUAAACGCUUCAAGGGGGAUCCUAAGGAGAGAAAUACACCAGGACCCAAAUGGCCAACGGAAAGGACCACCAGAUUUCACAUAGGAGGCACAUGGACCUGGGAUAAGGAGUUCGUGGAUGAUUCUAUUCCUGAUACUGCGAACCAGGAAGAAGAUAGUCAUGGAGAACUUCAAACAACAUGUUUAACCAUAAUUGUACCAAAACAAAAUAGUAUCGAAAGUAGUAUAGGUGGGAGUGAAAGUGAACAGAAUCUUCAGGACGAAGAAUAUCCUGAGAAUCAAAUAGAGAAACCGUUAGUUAAGCGCGGGGUAAAAAUUCCAAGCUUUAAAUUGCUAAAAAAGACCAGAGGUUUUCACGAGAGAAAUGUUUCGAUGAAAGACGCGCACGGGAAUUUGGAAAACAGCCUUUUUUCGAAUUUUCGAAACUUUCUUAGUCCCGAACGAAAGAUUAUCUAUAAUCCAAAACCAAAUCUACGAAGAAUCAAGUCUGUCGAACAUUUUGGCAACGAUCAUAAUUAUUCGGAUGACGUAUUGGACGAGGUUGAUGAAGAUAAUGAAAAUGAUUAUGACGCUGAUCAAUUCAAAGUGGAACAGGAUCAAACAAAUUUUAAUGCAAUUAAUCAAAGUCCUACCAAUGACGUUCCGAGUAAUUCCUCGAAGACUGAUUCUCAAACAACACCCACUCUACGACCGACGAUCAGUACUGUAAUUACGACUGUCACAAAUACUGAAAAUACUAAAGAUAGUUUAAGUGCCGAAGUUAAUACAAUAGCAGGUAUUAUGGAUACCAGUAGAGAAACAACACCAACUACCAAAGUUUUAACAACUACAACGACUGUAACAACUACAGCGAGCAUUGAUGAAAUGGUUAAUUUUGAAGAAAACGAGGACAGUGUGAAUGAUGGUAGCACAACAACUAUCGGUAGAAAACCAAUUGAUGCAACAUCAGCUUCUCUACAUGUCAAAGAAGUACUUGAACAGGAAACGUCAGGUAAUGCGGAGGACGACAACUUGAAGGAACAAUAUUAUUAUGAGGAGAUUACUGAUUCUCCUGAAGGCAAAUUAGAAUCAUCUGAGGUAGCAAAAACAAAUAAUCCUGUAAUAGAACAGGUACAACUUCCAUUGGCAGCUGAAUACGCGGAUUACAAAGAAGAUUCGUAUAUUGUUAACGAAGACGUGGGUUUGAUAACGAUGCCCGUGCAAGAAACUUUGGAAACGAACGACGUCAAGAGAGAAAAGAAUGCAUCGGUAAAUUCUUCCACAAUGAAUGCAAAAAAGACUGUGAAGAAUGAGAAAGUUGGGGAGAAAAGAAAAAAUGACAAGUUUCGAUCGAUUUUUGAUAUCUUCGACGAAAAUGAGAGGACGGGUCAAAGUAAUGUACAGAAAUAUGGAGAAUCGAGAAAAAAAGUUAAGAAUAUUUUUUUAACUGAUAAUCGAGAGAUCCAUCAAUCAGCUGCAGACCCAAAAGCUUCUUCUGGGAUGUUUUCACCUAUUUUCAAAAUGAAGAAUGUAAAAUUUAUACAAAUUGAAAACGUGAAUAUGCUACCAAAAGAAAUUGCAAUAGUAUACAGAUGUGGUCCACCCGAGAUCAUUACGGAAUAUCAAGAUAUUUUAUCACAAACUGAAAGCACUCCUAAAUUGACUUUUGACACCAAUAAAUUUAGUGAAAAAACUGUCGUGACACCUAACAGAGUAACUGAACCUAUCACAGAUAACAGAACUUUCCACACAACUACUGAAAACUCAACUGUCGCUCCGACCGUUACUUCAACAAGUGAAAGUACAACAAUCACAAAAGAUACUGUAACGCACCCCAAAACAACACCAUAUACAGAAUUUGAUAUGAUGGAUCAUACUAAAAGCAAUAAUAAAACUUGUCAAAAGAUUUCUAUCGAGGACAUUCACGAGAUAAUGAAAACAACGACUAUCCCAACAACUACAACAUCUCCCAGAAGCGAAGAUAGGGGUUAUACCAGAAGUAAUAAUGUUGGAGAGCACAAAAAACUAUUUUCUUGUACAAGAAGCAGCAGUAAUCAAAAAAAUCAUAUCACUUCAAGGUCCCCAGCAACAACAAUUUAUGAACCUUUGGCAACAUCAAUAAAGACCAUGAUAAUGACUGACGUACCAUUGCAAACUGAUGAUACCGGUGCUGGAGCAUAUGAUGCAACAGAAAAAUCAAAAUCAAAAUUGAAAGAACUCUGUGAAAAUAAACUUAAACAGCUAACAGUAGUGUUUAAAGCUGUCGAAGAGAAUACAAUCGAAGCCAAUAACGAAGACGAAUAUAACGAUCUUAGAACCGGUGGGCAAGGAUUUGAAAAAUAA